AUGAUCAAAACCUGCCGGCGACAAGAGCAGAAGAAAAGGAGACCGAGGGAGAUCCGGACGACGUCACCUGUGGUCAUCAUGGCGGAUUUGAUCGCCGCGGGGGACCAGUCGGGGUGGAAGCUCUUGAUAUAUGCCGCUACGGCCGCCGCAUGGGGAGUGGACAUCGAUGUGCCGGAGAGGAUGUUGAAACGUGAGCGCCGCGGGUCAUUAUUCCCGGUGAUCGGCACGUACAUGGGGUGCGCCGACAGUAUGUCCACCCCUGGUGCGACGAUAUCCGGCUGCCCGCACACACCGGCGCCAAGUUAG